AUGGUACACGAAUCUUUAAAUUUAUACGUAACAGAUAAUUCGUAUACCAUUGUACCCUAUUACUUUGAUUCAAAAACUCUUGCUCAAAUCUUAGUUAUAAAUAGAGAAACUGGUGCAUUAUCACUUAGUAAAGCUUUAGAUCCAUCAUUAUCAACUAUAAACGCUGAAGCUUUUACAAUUUAUGGAAUAUUUGGAUUUAUCAGAUUAAUUUCUGGUGAACAUCUUAUAGUUAUUACUGGUCGUGAACGUAUUGGUAGAUUAGGGAAACAUGAUGUUUUUCAAGCAAAUCAAUUUCGUAUUCUACCUUUUACUAGAAACACUUUCCAUCUAUCAGAAUCUCAAGUUCGAGAUGAACGAAAUUAUUUGUCAUUAAUUGAAAAUCACCUUAAAUCUGGAACAUAUUACUUUUCAUAUACAUACGAUUUAACUCAUAGUAUACAAAGGCAAUCACAACUAGGUGAUUUAGCUACAAAACCAAUCUGGCAGAGGGCAGAUGAUCGAUUUUUUUGGAAUCGUUAUGUGCAAUCAAAACUAAUUGAUUUUACGAUUAAAAAUCCUGAUCAAGAUUUGAGCAAAUUUAUUUUACCAAUUAUAUUUGGAUUUAUUGCAAUUUACCCUUCAAGAAUAAAUAAUAGAGACAUAGUGUUUUCUCUUAUAACUCGUCGAAGUAGAUUCCGUGCCGGAACACGAUUUUUUUCACGUGGCAUUGAUAAAUAUGGGAAUACUUCUAAUUACAAUGAAACAGAACAAAUAGUUUUACUUGAUCCAAUUAAAGAUGGAUAUAAUGUUACAGCCUUUGAAGGAAAAAUCUAUUUAUCUUAUGUACAAGUUCGUGGCUCUGUUCCAAUUUAUUGGGCUCAAAUCAAUAAUUUACGCUAUACACCGAAAUUACAAAUAAUGGAUUUACCAGAUAUGGAUGAAUCUGCACGUAAACAUUUUGAUGAACAGAUCAGAUUAUAUGGAAAUCAAUUAAUAGUUAAUCUUGUUAACAAGAAAGGAUAUGAAUAUCCAGUUGGUGCAGCAUACCAAAAAGUUGUUACUGGUUUAAAUAAUCCUAGAAUAAAAUAUUAUCAUUUUGAUUUUCAUCAUGAAUGUCGAAAUAUGAGAUGGGAUAGGAUCCAACUUUUGAUUGAAAGCAUGGAAGAGGAUUUAUUACAACAAGGAUAUUUUCAUGGAGAGGAAACAAAUUCAACUAUAUCAGUUUAUAAAAAUCAAGCAUCUGUUAUUCGUACCAAUUGUAUGGAUUGUCUUGAUCGUACGAAUGUUGUUCAAUCAACUUUUGCCAAAUGGAUGCUAACUCAACAAUUACGUGAGUUAGGAGUAUUGAGUAGUAAACAAAGUAUUGAUGAGAUUAGUGGGUUUAUGGAUUUAUUUAGAAAUGUUUGGGCUGAUAAUGCUAAUGCUGUCAGUUUACCAUAUGCUGGAACUGGCGCACAAAAAACUGAUUAUACUAGAACUGGUAAAAGAACAAAGUCAGGUGCUGCAAUAGAUUUACAAAAUGGAAUACUUAGAUAUAUAUUGAAUAAUUUUAUGGAUGGAACUAAACAAGAUGCAUAUGAUUUGUUUUUGGGUAAUUAUGAGGUGAAACCUGAUUGUUCACCUUUUACCAGUGAAGCACCACAAGCACUUUUAGGUUGUUUAAUAUGCAUGUUGUUUUUAUUAAUAAUUCCAAAAUAUGAAGGUUACUAUUUGUAUAUCUUUAGAUUUUUUAUUUUGUUCAAUCUUAUUGUUAUUGUUGGACUUGUCAGAUUUAUACUGGAUAAUGGAGCUGAAUUUGUAAAUUGGCCAAAUCUUGUUCCAAUAGAAAAUAAAUAUUAUCUAAAUAAAUUAUCAUCGUCAUCUAUUACUAAUAAAUAUUUAAAAUCUAGAUUAGUUGAUACUGAAUUUGGUGAAAAAAUUGAAUUACAAAAAAUAGAAUAUAAUAAUACAACUGGUGCAGGAGGGAAUGGUAAUAAUGGUGGAGGCGGUAUAAGUAGUAGCAGCAAUAAUAAUAAUUCAGCUUCAAAAAAUGGUAAUAUAACAAAUUCAACAGAUGUUCUUCCUAAACGUCUAACAAAAGGAAAAGAACCUGGGAAAGAAGUACCAGUUUUAGAUUUCAACACAUUUGAUAUUUCAGUAUUACGUAGAUAUAAAAGAAUCCAUAAAUUAAAGGUUAGAGAUUACGCAACAAAAGAAGAAUUGGUGGCAGCUGUAACUCGACAUUAUGCAACACAAACUGUUAAAGAGGUUGAUAUGAUCGCGUCGUUUAUUUACGCAGUGCAAAAUAAAAAUAAUACAUUGAAAUUACCAAUUCCUUGA